ACUGAGAAUGCGCAGAAGAGAGAAGUGCGCGAGACCCUCUACAGUUUGCUUUCCUUCUCUCUCUCUUUCUCUCUCUCUCGUUGUUGUUGUUUCCUUUGAUGCUAUUAUGAAUGUAACUGUAAGUGUAUGUUAUGUUAAUGUUCUUGUUAAUGCAAUAAAAAGAGAGACAGAGAAGCGCGAGAGACAAGACUGAAACUUUCACCUUUGUAAGCUAAAAUUGACGCUGUUAACGAUCGUGAAUGAAGGACAAAUGUGGAAUAUUUUCUUCGGAUAUAUUUCCAUUCUGCAGGUCAGAGAUGUUCCAUUUUUAGAUCUGGUCCUGUGGGCGUCAGUAUCACACAGUGAUCACAGUUCACACCUGCAGGGGAAGCUCCUCCCACAACAAUUCACCAAUAAAUACUGGGAAUAUUCACAUCAUCCUACAAGAGAAGGACAAACUCCAGGUGUAGCAGCUGAAAUCUGUGUGACUGUUAAAGAUGGAGUUUAUUAAAGAGGAGUCUGAAGACAUGAGUGAUCCAGAACCAUCCAGAAUAAAACAUGAAGAAACUGAGGAACAAAUAAAUCCGAUGGAAGAGGAGGAGCAAAGACAGAAACUAAAUGAAGUAAAUAAACACUGUGACUUCAAAACUCGAGGAACAAAAGCCAAAAAGCUGCACACCUGCUCUCAGUGUGGAAAGAGUUUCCAGUAUAAAGGAACCCUUAACAAACACAUGAGAAUUCACAAUGGAGAGAAACCAUAUACAUGCACUCAGUGUGGAAAGACUUUCAGACAAAAAGAAAACCUUAAGUCACAUAUUAGAGUUCACUCUGGAGAAAAACCGUUUACAUGCACUCAGUGUGGAAAGAGUUUUUCUCAAGCAUCAGGUCUCAGUUAUCACCUGGAAGUUCAUUCAGAUCAGAAGCCUUAUGUGUGUUCCUUCUGUGGAAAGAGAUUUUCAAGACUGGGUAUGUUUAAACUCCACCAUAAAACACAUAAUGAAGUGAAAGAUCAUGUGUGUUGUGAAUGUGGGAAGAGCUUUACUAAACCUUGUCAUCUAAAACAGCACCAAAUAAUUCAUACUGGAGAAAGACCUUACAAGUGCUCAUAUUGUGACAAGAGAUUCAGUUGGUUGAGAUUACUGAAAUCACAUGAGCGAUUUCAUACUGGAGAGAAGCCGUACCACUGUACUCAGUGUGAGAAGAGUUUCAGAGAUGCAGCAUGUUUGAGAAUUCAUCUGCUCCAUCACUCUGGAGAAAAACCAUUUCACUGUGAUCAAUGUGGUAAAGAUUUCACUUCGUCAUCAGAUCUAAAACGACACUUGAAAGUUCAUUCAGUUCAUGUGUGUUCUCUUUGUGGAAAGAGUUUUUCACGGCUGAGCAGUUUUAAACUGCACCAGAAAUCACAUGAUGAAGUAAGAGAUCAUGUGUUUUGUGACUGUGGUAAGAGCUUUACUACAUCUACUCUUCUGAAACGGCACCAAAGAAUUCAUACUGGAGAAAGACCUUACAAGUGCUCACACUGUAACAAGAGUUUCGCUCAGUCUGGACACCUGAAAAAACAUGAGCGAGUUCAUACUGGAGAAAAACCUUACAAGUGCUCACACUGUAACAAGAGUUUCGCUCAGUCUGGACACCUGAAAAAACAUGAGCGAAUUCAUACUGGAGAAAAACCUUACAAGUGCUCAUAUUGUAACAAGAGUUUCGCUCAGUCUACACACCUGAAAACACAUGAGCGAGUUCAUACUGAAUAGAAGCCAUACCACUGUACUCAAUGUGAAAAGAGCUUUGAAAAUUUACGAAGCCUUCAUGAUCAUAUAGAAAAUGUUGCAAGUGAGCAAAACAUUUUUUAUCAUGUCAAAAAAUAAAUACUGUGAGAUAAAAUAUGGAGUUUUUACACUAAAUUGUCUUGUGAUAGUUAUGAGAAAUUAAAUAGAAAUAGCAU